AUGACUCCGAUUCCCCUGUGGCUGGACUGUGAUCCCGGCCACGAUGAUGCCUUCGCCAUCCUAAUUGCAGCCCAUCACCCGUCCCUCAAUCUCCUGGGCAUCACCACGAUCCAUGGAAACGCAUCUCUAGAGAAGACAACUGCCAAUACAGGCAGUAUUCUCGAAGCAAUCGGCAAGCCGGAGAUCCCAAUAUACCCAGGGAGCCACAAGCCCUUCUGCCGCCCAGCCCUUCAUGCUCCCGAUAUCCACGGCGAAUCCGGCUUGGAUGGGUCGGAUCUCCUGCCCAAAGCAUCUAGGCCGCCUGUUACAGAUAAGAACCCGAUUCUGGCGAUGCGAGAUGCGCUCCUUGCCCAGCCAAAGGGGACACCCUGGGUGGUUGCCACUGGAACCCUCACCAAUGUGGCUUUGUUGUUUGCAACAUUCCCCGAAGUGGCAGAGCAUAUUCAAGGUCUGAGCAUCAUGGGAGGUGCCAUUGGCAACGGAUUCACAGCUGCGCCUAUGAGCAGACUCCCGGGCGAGAAGUCCAGAGUCGGAAACGUGACGCCCUGGGCCGAGUUCAAUCUUUACGUAUGUUAUAGCAUCCACUCUACGCAGGUUGGCACGAACCGAAAAAAUAACCGGUCCCAUUCAUUAUUCCAGUGCGACCCAGAGUCCUCCGCGUCCAUCUUCAGCAAUGCGGUUCUUGCUCCAAAAACCACCAUCAUCACACUGGAUCUCACCCACCAAGUGCUCGCCUCUCAGGAAGUGCAAACGCGCAUCUUGCAUGGCUCCAAUGACCCAUCGACGACACCGACAGUUCUCCGUCAAAUUCUACAUGCGCUGCUGACCUUUUUCGCGGCGACGUACGAGAAGGUGUUUGGUCUUAAUACCGGGCCUCCAUUGCACGACCCCCUCGCUGUAGCGGUGAUUCUAUCGACCUUGAACCCGGCUUUUACCAAAUCCCACCCCGGGCCAGUUCUCACGUUCGAUGAUAAAGGUGGAGAGCGAUUUGCUGUUAAUAUUGUCACGGAUGGACGCCAUGGUCCUGAGGUGUCGAUGACGGGACAGCUGGGACGCUCGCUUGCGGCACCAAUUCAAGCACCUGGUGUGGCGAUUCCCAGGGGUGUUGAUCUGGAUGCAUUUUGGGGCAUGAUUUUACAAUGCGUCCAGUUGGCGGAUGAUUGCAAUGCAGCUCGUGCAAGAUAG